AUGGCUGCUUGCCUGCUGCUUGUGCUUACGCUGGCUUCUGCAGAAGGUGUGACGUUUCGCUUUGCAUCCUAUUAUGGUGACCACAUGGUAUUACAGAAGAAACCAGCCGGCGCAGUGGUAUGGGGCUACGGGGAAGCUGGCGCUAAUGUUAUCGUGUCUCUUUCCAAAGACAGCAAAGUAAUAAUGAAGAAAAUGGCACAAGUUGAAGAGCACUCUGGGACCUGGAAAGUUGUACUGGCUCCUAUGGACCAUGGUGGCCCUUAUAGUGUGAUGGCAGAGCAGCAUUCCAGGGACGAGCCAAAGAAUCUGACGCUGCGGGAUAUCUACUUUGGAGACGUCUGGCUCUGCAGUGGGCAAAGUAACAUGGAGAUGACAGUUUCCCAGAUAAUCAAUGCCAGUAAGGAGCUCUCCGAAGCACCUCUCUAUCCAUAUGUCCGUGUGUUCACGGCCUCUCUUAUUCAGUCUGAAGUGGAAUUGCAGGACCUGGCGAAGAUUGACUUGGAGUGGUCUAUACCGACAGCUGAAAACUUGGGUCACGGGAACUUCAGCUACUUCUCAGCUGUGUGUUGGCUGUUUGGCCGUCACUUGUACGAGACGCUCCAGUACCCCAUAGGAUUAGUGGAGUCCUCCUGGGGAGGGACCUGCAUUGAAGCCUGGUCCUCAGAAAGGGCGCUGCAGGAGUGUGGGCUCACAGGCGACGCCAGACGGUUUCUUCUUCCCACGCUGCUUUCUGGCCCCAAGAUGCCCUCUGUGCUCUGGAAUGCGAUGAUCCACCCGCUCCUCAACAUGUCCCUCACGGGCGUCAUCUGGUACCAGGGUGAAGCAAACGCCUUCGUGAACACAGAUCUGUACAACUGCACGUUCCCAGCUCUCAUCGCGGACUGGCGCAGGGCCUUCCAUGCCGGGUCUGAGGGGCAAACGCAGCCGCUCUUCCCCUUUGGGUUUGUUCAGUUAUCCACGUUCCGCCGGCAGGACCGGGAUGACCGUUUCCCCCGCAUUCGGUGGCACCAGACAGCUGACUACGGCUACGUGCCCAACAAGAGAAUGCCCAACACCUUCAUGGCCGUGGCGGUGGAUCUGUGCGACGAGCACUCGCCCUACGGCAGCAUUCACCCCCGGGAUAAACAGAACGUGGCGUAUCGGCUGCACCUGGGAGCCCGAGCUGUGGCAUAUGGAGAGAAAGGCCUGGUCUUCCAAGGCCCAUAUCCUACAAAAGUCGUGGUGGAUGGAGCCAGGGGCCUCAUUAACGUGACGUAUGGCCAGGAACUCCUGCUGCUUCUAAUGCACGACCGCAUCUUUGAGGUGUGUUGCUCUUACCGGCCCCAGCUCUCGGCGCAGGAGCCGUGCCAGUGGGUUCCAGCACCCGUGGUGUCGGCAUCUUCCCACGCAGUGACGCUGUCCAGCCCUGGCUGCAGGGCCGCUGUCACCCUCCUGCGCUAUGCGUGGGCAGAGUGGCCGUGUGAGUACAGACAGUGUCCCCUUUACAACAAGCACCUGCUGCCAGCACCUCCGUUUGUUAUCGACUCUGCAUCAAGAACAGGCUGGGCCAACUGCUAG